AUGUUCGGCAUGAUGAACGAUUUGGAGGAAGAUCCUAUUUUUGGCCAUCAUAUGCGCUCGAUGCGCCAGAUGAGCAGCAUGUUGAACUCACUGUUUUCCGAUCCUUUCGGAAUGAUGGGCGGUGGUGGGAUGGAAGCCAUUACCGCUGGUCCCGCAUUCGGUAUGCGGCACAAUGCAAUUAUGCCGUUCAUGCCACCAACCAUGAACCGGUUGUUGAAUGUAGGCGGCCCGGCCGAUGGCGCUUCCUUCUGCAGCAGCAGCGUUAUCUCCAUGACAUCCGGACCGAAUGGGCCACAAGUAUAUCAAGCAACGUCAAGCACACGCACCGGACCGGGUGGCAUAAAGGAGACACGCAAAACCGUGCAAGAUAGCCGCACCGGAACAAAGAAGAUGGCAAUCGGGCAUCACAUUGGCGAUCGGGCGCACAUUAUUGAACGGGAGCAGAACAUCUCCACGGGUUUGCAGGAAGAGCGCCAGGACUUUAUCAAUCUUGAUGACGAGGAGGCGGAAGAUUUCGAUCGCGAGUUCCAGACGAAGGCUCGCACCGUGAUGCACAUGCCGGGUGGACGUCGUUCGGAACAGCUGGCUCUACCAUCGACCCAACCAACUCAAUCGCAGCGCAUACUGUCGAUUACCGAGGUACCGGAAAAUGGUUGCGAAUCGUGCGGUAAUCCCAGCGAUACCCCAAUCUGUACUGCUUGCACCAAUAGCCAGGACCGAAGCAACCAGGACAAUCUCGAACAACAUCAGCAGCAGCAGCAGCAACAACAGCAUUCGGUGACAAAAGCGGCACGGAACAAUCGACACAGCGGCCAGUAUGUUAUUAACGGUGGCCCAAUAACAUCACGACGAUCGAUCCGAUCGCCGGCCUCGUCACCGCUGAGCAUGUCCGCAUCACCGGUCAGUGGUGCGAAUCAUCACAUUACUACAAGCGUGCAUCCCCAUCCGUACAAUACGUCUGGCAGGAAAUCUCGACCACUGAAGGGUCCUUCAUCCCACCACCCACACCAGUACCAGUAA